CGCAUAAGUUGUGCUACAGGACAGACAAGUACUCUUCACUUUCCCAGUUUUACAAGACUUUAAUCUGUUGCCUGCACAUAAUGUCGCGUUACACUAUUGCCCUGAACAACCACUAUCAAUCCCGCCGCAGGCUUCACGCUGUCACCUGGGCUGAGGUUCAGUCUGGGCCGCCGCAUGCUCUCUCAUGGACAAUGACUUGCAAAGUGGAGGGCGAAGUCAUCAGUACUGCCACUGCCAAUCAGAAGGGUGUCGCCAAAGAGGAAGCGGCGCGGAUUGCUUGUGAAAGAUUGGGCAUUAAUUGAUAUUUUUGCUUGGCGCUACUUUGUACAACGGCUUGCUUUUAACUACUAUAUUCCUAUAGAAAUUCAUCUGGG